AUGGAACAAGUAGUUAUUGAUGGAUUGCAGCAUCUCCAACUUACUAAAGAGGAAGAAGAAGAAAUCUCCAUAUCAACCGCUAGCAGCUCAAACCUCUUGGAAGAGUGCGAGCUGAGUCUGUUUGGCCGGCUUCUAGCUAACAGAAACCAAAACAUGAGAGCUUUUAAAUCAACUCUUAGACCAGUUUGGAAGAUGGGUUCGGAUUUACGGAUCGUUGAUGUAGGAAAAAAUAUUUUUCAGUUCAAAUUUAGCUCAAGUUAUCAACUAGAAUGGGUUGAGAGAAAUGGUCCCUGGAAUUUCGACAAUAACCUCCUGCUCCUUUGCAGAUGGAGGAAAGGUUUAUCAGUAACAAACAUCUCUUUCACUCACUCUCCUCUCUGGAUCCAAGUUUGGGGUCUUCCAUUUGAAAGUAUGACAGAGGAAGUUGGAAAGGAUCUUGGCAGCAAGCUGGGCAAAUAUAUUGAAUUAGAUAGACGUUCUUGGUUGUCGGAACAAGUAAAAUUUUUGCGAAUACGAGUGGACAUCCCCAUUGACAAGCCUCUUCGAAGGGGUGGAAACAUUGUAAACAUGGAAGGAGACAAACAUUGGGUCACUUUCAAAUAUGAAAGGCUCCCAAACUUCUGCUUUCUUUGUGGAAUAUUGGGUCAUGAUGAAAAGCACUGCUCUAGUUCUCAAGACAAGUCUGAAUGCAGUAGACAAUAUGGGGAUCGGCUCCGUGCAAACAAUGGGGCCAGGGGAGGUUUGGAAAAACAAAAAGCUGCGAGUAGUAGUGGGCAUGAAGAACGAAUGGAGGAGGACCUUGGUAAUCGGUUUUUUCCAGUGAACACUAGUCCGGCGAGCAUGGGAUCAGAGAAGAUGGGGCUCUCAUCAGCCCAGUCAAAUCACACGAGCUCCAAUAACAUGAACCAGGACCAAGGCUACACGUUAGACACACUGUCAGCGGAAAAACAGAGAAGCGACAACACGGUACGUUCCUUGAGCCCUGCACCCUCUCUAGAAAAGCUUUCAGGUGACUCCCAAAUGCCGGUAGAGGCAGGAAAGGAAACAGAAGCAAUGCCUUCUGCUGUGGGCUGUUAUAAGCAUGCAUUAGAGGCCCAUAAACCAACCAGCCCAAAGAAACCCAUUAACAAUUCCUCCCAUGCAAGUGAGCCCACCAGCACCUCUUCAAAUUCAAAGAAGCCCAUUAAUAGCCCCACACCUAUUAGUGAGUCCAGCAACAUUUCUUUAAGCCCAAAAAGAAGAAACAUUAAAAGGAUUGCUAGAGCCCAAGGAGGGGGAACUCAAAACACUAAUCUUAAUGACCAAAGUCCAAUUAGGCUCUCAGGUUCCAAAAGAGCAGCAACGUGUGAGUUUCUAGCAGAGAACGUAAACAAGCCCCAAAAGAAACAACAUGAGUCAUGUCAAACUGAAGCACAAAAUAACAUUGAGAGAUCGGCGAUGACUGUUGAGCAGCCGGGAGCAAUGAAUUCCCUAUGUUGGAACUGCCGGGGAAUUGGGAACCCCCGGACAGUUUUUGCGCUCCGUGAUUAUUUGCGGCGCUGGAAUCCCAAACUCGUCUUCCUCUCGGAGACAAAAUUGAUUAGCAGGCGUAUGGAGAAAGUUAAGUACAAGCUGGGUUUUUCAAAUGGACUUAUUGUUCCUAGUAGGGGACGUAGGGGUGGCCUUGCUCUGCUCUGGUCCAGUGACACUGUUCUGGAAAUUAAGAGCUAUUCAGACUAUCACAUUGAUGCGUCAGUUUAA